CCGGCCAUGACUUAAUCGCUGAAGCUCCGCAUGGUCCCAAACCUUGAUGCCUUUAGAGGCUAGCCGAGAGCCCUCCGCGCAUGCAUCUCUCCGCCCCCACCCCCACCCCCACAGCGCUGGAGAUGCGGAGAAGGCUGUGGAGUUGUGUGGAGUUGUGGGACGCCAGUCAGGCAUCGAAGAGAUGAAAACUGACAAGACGGAUGGGCAACGAGAGUGGCAUCUCGGUCUACUUCGGACCGAAACAAGGCCAUCAUGCACCGAGGUGGCCAGGUGUUCAAGUGAUCCAGGGUACCCACCAGUACAUGCCCCGCGGCGACAUGCCCCUUUAAGUUGCCAUACCGCUCGCGGACGACUCUCACCAACCCUGACUCUCCCAGCCGAAGGACCGAAACCUGGGAAGAAGACACGCUCUUGAUUCGCGCUGCUCCACGCCCUACACACGUCUCUUCCAUAUCUAGCCCGUUUAGCUUUUGCCCUGCGUCAUGCCGACCCACGUCCACGGCAUCGCGGCGGACCACAUCCACCGCCAGGUCCGCCAGCUGAUCCACGAGCUGGUCAACAUAAAAGACACGACGGGCGAGUUCUUGAUGACGCUCGCCGACGGCCAGGUCAUCGACACCAAGGGCUGGAACGACUGGGAGUGGACGCACGGCAUCGGGCUGUACGGCAUCUGGAAGUACUACGAGCUCACCGGCGAGGAUGAGUUCCUCAAGAUCAUCGAGGACUGGUUCCAGGCGCGGUUCAAGGAGGGCCACAAGGGCAAGAACAUCAACACCAUGGCCGUCUUCCUGACGCUGGCCUUUGUCUACGAGAAGACGGGCAACCCGACCUACCUGCCGUGGCUCGACAGCUGGGCCGAGUGGGCGUACCACGACCUGCCGCGCACCAAGUACGGCGGCAUGCAGCACAUCACCUACCUCGAGGUCAACGAGCAGCAGCUGUGGGACGACACGCUGAUGAUGACGGUGAUGCCGCUGGCCAAGAUCGGCGUGCUGCUCAACCGCCCGCACUACGUCGCCGAGGCCAAGCGGCAGUUCCUCCUCCACGUGCAGUACCUGUUCGACACCAAGACGGGCCUGUUCUUCCACGGCUGGACGUUCAAGGAGGGCGGGCACAACUUCGCCGACGCGCGCUGGGGCCGCGGCAACAGCUGGGUGACGAUUGUCAUCCCCGAGUUCGUCGAGCUGCUGGGCCUCACCGACGAGGACCCCAUCCGCGCGCACCUCCUCAACACGCUCAGCAGCCAGUGCGAGGCGCUGUCGAAGCUGCAGCUGGACAACGGGCUGUGGCGCACGCUGCUGGACGUGCCCGAGGAGGAGGGCUCGUACGUCGAGGCCAGCGCCACGGCCGGCUUCGCGUACGGCAUCCUCAAGGCGGAGCGCCGCAAGUACAUUGGCAAGGAGUACUCGGCGGUGGCCGUCAAGGCCAUCAAGGCGGUGCUGGACAACAUUAGCCCCGAGGGCGAGCUGCUCAACACGUCGUUUGGCACGGGCAUGGGGCACGACCUGCAGCACUACAAGGACAUUCCGCGGACGAGCAUGCCGUACGGCCAGGCCAUGGCCAUGAUGGCGCUGGUGGAGUUUCUACGGGCGUUUGUGUAGGGUAGGAUAAUGGGACGGGUAUGAAAUGACGGACAAGGACAAAACUGCCGGCUGCAGAACACUGUACAGAACAGGGUGUAGAGGCUGAAUGAAUGCGAUGAAGUGAAUGAG